GCGAUUCUCUGCACGGGAAUCGAACCGAAAACAAACCCGACGACAUGUGGUCGGACAGAAGCUCCGGGGACAUGACGAAGAGCGAGAUCCUGAGGGGGAUCAUCACCGAGAAGCUGAGCACCGCCGCCCGGGAGAUCCUGGCGGUGGUGGAGAGGACCGUGUCCGGGUACGAGGAGGAGGCGGCGGGCUUCAGGCUGGAGGUGGAGCAGCAGAGGAGGCAGCUGGAGGCGCUGCUGCAGCCGCGGGUCCGACUGGAUAGAAGAGCCCUGAGCCCAGCUGUGGACGGCCAUGAUGUGGUUGUUAUCAAUGAAGAGGAGGAGGAGGAGGAGGAAGAGGAGGAAGAGGAGCACACACAGCAGCCAGAUGUGGAGGACACCGGGGGACUCGGCGUCCUCUGGCACGACGGGGACGAUGAUGACGAUGAUGAUGACGAUGAUGACGAUGAUGAUGAUGAUGAUGAUGUCGUCCAUGGGGGUCAAGAUGAAGAGGAGCACAUGAAACCAACAACAAGCUCCCGAAAGAAACGAGAAGAUGUUCAGGACCCCGAUUAUCAAAUCCCGUCAAGGACGUUUACACCCAGAGUUCAGUCUGGCAGGAGGAAGCUCAGCCGACCUCGACUCCUGGACACACAGGACCACGUGGAUCUCAGGAUCCGCAUCCUGGAGGACUCGCACUCCGACCUGCUCACGAGGAACGUGUUUCAGACAUGUCCCCUGCAGGAGCUGCAGUGUCCUCGCGGCCUCCAGGAGACGGACUUCCUGCUCCUGCUGAGGUCCACCUUCCCUCAGCUGGCGGCCGAUCGACCGUUUGACGUCUUCACGACCGACCGGAGCAGGAAGCUGCAGCGACUUCGGGUCCGGACGCUGACGCCGGAGGAGAUCCACCGGAGCAUCGGGUCGACCGGAGCAGGAAGGUCGGCCCUCUACAUCCGACCCAAGAGUGGAGACGAUCCUCUGAUCAGCUCUGGAGACCUUCAUCCUCUGCAGAGACAAGACGCCACCAGAGACUCUGCUUCCAGCUCCGUGACGCCGACGGCCGAUCAAACCCGAAUGUACGAGAGCUUGUCGUCUCCCAGAGGUCAGUCUGAGAAGAGGAGGCGGGGUCGACCUCGGCUCAGUGACUCAUCCGAUCACCACUCGCUCAGGAUCUGCUUGGUGGAGGAUUCCCCCUCGGACGUUCUCUCAAAAACCGUGUUGAUGAAAUCCUCAGUCCAGAACCUGAAGUGUCCUCGAGGGCUCGGGGAGCCGGACUUCCUGGACCUGUUGAAGUCCACCUUCCCUCAGCUGACUGGAGACAACAACAUGUUUGACGUGUUCAAAUCCGACAGGAGCAGGAAACUCCAGCGGCUCCGAGUCCGGACCCUGACACCAGAGGACAUCUGCAGGAGCCUGAAGUCCACUGGGACUGAAAGAACCCUGCUCUACAUCAAACAGAAGACUGAAGAGGAGGAGGAGGAGGAGGAGGAAGAGGAGGAAGAUUUUCAACUCUUACCGAGGAAGGUGGAGGCCACAGAUGAUUCUCAGUCCGCUGUCAGCACGGUGGUGAACAGUGGAGAAGCAGGAAGUGGUUCAAGCAGCUCAGCGUCACAACACAACGUGGACCCUGAAGAAGCUGCUGAGAGCGAAGUGGCGUCCGGCGAGGAGAGGGAGGAGGACAGAGACGACUGGAAACCCGACAUGGAGACGCAGAGGAGGCGACAGCCCAAACCGUACGUGGUGGAGAGAAGCAAGACGCCCUGCAGAGUGUGUGGCGUCUGGUACAAGGCCCUCGGCAGCUUGAUCAAACACGCCUGGAGCCACGUGGACGAGGCGCCGGCCGCCUGCGGAGUCUGUGGUGAACGUCCUGAAUCUGUCGAAGAGUUAAAGAAACAUCUCAGAAACCAGCACCAGACUCACACCUGCUCACACUGUGGCAAGUCCUUCUCCACCGUCAGCGGCCUCAGCAUCCACACCACGCUGCACACGGGGAACCGACCCUUCAAGUGUGAAGACUGCGGCAAAGCCUUCGUUCACCGGUCGAGUCUGAGCGUGCACCACUGGGUUCACGUGGCCGACAAACCGCACAAGUGUGACAUCUGUCCCAGAGCGUUCGGUCUGAUGGCGCAGCUCAAAGCUCACAGGAAGACCCACACCGGUCGAGACAAGUACCAGUGCAACGUCUGCGGCAGACUGAUCUGCGACCUGCGCUCUCUCUCUCGCCACAAGGCCACGCACUCGGGCGAGAGACGCUACGGCUGCGACGUGUGUGGGAAACGUUUCAAACUUCCCUUAACGCUGAAGUCCCACGAGAAGAUCCACACGGUCCGAGAGCGCACGUACCUCUGCCACGUCUGCUGCAAGACCUUCCUGUCCAACUGCGCCCUGACGAUGCACAUGAGGACGCACAGCGGCGAGCGGCCGUUCCUCUGCAGCGUCUGCAGCAAGGGCUUCGUCUCCAACGGGCAGCUGAAGGCCCACAUGCGGGUGCACACCGGAGAGGCGCCGUACGGCUGCUCCGAGUGCGGGCGCUUCUUCAAGAGCAAGACCCACCUGAAGAACCACAUCCGGAGCCACUCGGGCAUCAAACUGUUCGUCUGCGCCGUCUGUGGCAAAGCGUGUUCGCGCCAGGAGCACCUGACCGUCCACAUGAGGACGCACAACGGAGAGAGACCGUACAAGUGCUCGCUGUGCGACAAAGCCUUCACUCAGAGCCACUGUCUGAAAACACACAUGAAGAGUCACCGCGCGGAGGAGAAGUAG